CGGCCCGACCCGCGCGCUGCGCCCCGCGCCGGGAGGGAGCCAGAGCGGAAGCGGAGGGGCGCGCGCCCGCACAAGCCGGGCGGGGGGCGGCGCGCGCGGGCAUCACCCCACCGGCGGCGGCGCGCCGGGUCCCGGGGCGCAGCCCCGACGCUCAUUGGCCUGGGCGGCGCAGCCAAGCUGUCAGCCCAUGUGGCGUGGCCGCGCGGGGAUGGCCGCGGUUUAAAUAGCGCCGGCGCGGCCUAGAGGGAGCCAGAGAGACCACAGCGGCGCCCGCUCCGCUCCGCCCGCCAUACUCGCUGCCCGCCGCCCGCCGCCGACGCCUCCGCCGCCGCUACCGCCCGGUCCAGAAAGGAGCCAUGGAGGAGGUAGUGAUUGCUGGUAUGUCGGGGAAGUUGCCAGAGUCAGAGAACCUGCAGGAGUUCUGGGCCAACCUCAUUGGCGGUGUGGACAUGGUCACAGACAACGAUCGGCAGUGGAAGGCAGGGCUCUACGGCCUGCCCAGGCGGUCUGGCAAGCUGAAGGACCUGUCCAGGUUCGAUGCCGCCUUCUUUGGAGUCCACCCCAAGCAGGCGCACACAAUGGACCCCCAGCUUCGACUGCUGCUGGAGGUCACCUAUGAGGCCAUCGUGGACGGAGGCAUCAACCCGGCUUCGCUGAGAGGGACGCACACUGGUGUCUGGGUGGGUGUGAGUGGCUCAGAGGCAUCGGAGGCCCUCAGCCGAGAUCCUGAAACACUCUUGGGCUACAGCAUGGUAGGCUGCCAGCGUGCAAUGAUGGCCAACCGGCUCUCCUUCUUCUUUGACUUCAGAGGGCCCAGCAUCGCCCUGGACACGGCCUGCUCCUCCAGCCUGAUGGCACUGCACUGUGCCUACCAGGCGAUCCGCAGUGGGGAGUGCCCUGCUGCCCUCGUGGGUGGCAUCAACGUGCUGCUGAAGCCCAACACGUCCGUGCAGUUCAUGAAGCUGGGCAUGCUCAGCCCAGAGGGCACAUGCAAGUCCUUCGAUGACUCAGGAAACGGGUAUUGUCGCUCGGAGGCUGUGGUAGCAAUUCUGCUGACCAAGAAGUCCCUGGCCCGGCGGACAUAUGCCACCAUCCUGAGUACUGGCACCAACACGGACGGCUACAAGGAGCAGGGUGUGACCUUCCCCUCCGGAGAAGCCCAGGAGCAGCUCCUCCACUCCCUCUACCAGAUGGCCGGGGUGGCCCCUGACUCCCUUGAGUACAUCGAGGCCCAUGGCACAGGCACCAAGGUGGGAGACCCUCAGGAGCUGAAUGGAAUCGUCCGAGCCCUGUGCACUUCCCGCCGGGACCCUUUGCUGAUUGGGUCCACCAAGUCCAACAUGGGACACCCCGAGCCCGCCUCAGGGCUCGCAGCCCUGGCCAAGGUGCUGCUGUCCCUGGAGCAUGGGAUUUGGGCCCCCAACCUGCAUUUCCACAGCCCCAACUCAGAGAUCCCAGCUCUGCAAGAUGGGCGGUUACAGGUGGUGGACCGGCCCUUGCCCAUCCGCGGUGGCAACGUGGGCAUCAACUCCUUUGGCUUCGGAGGCGCCAACGUGCAUGUCAUUCUCCAGCCCAACACACAGCUGCCCCCUGGUCCUACCCGCCCUGCCCCUCUGCCCCGCCUUCUGCAGGCCAGUGGGCGCACCACAGAAGCCGUGCAGAGCCUGCUGGACCAGGGCUGCCAGCACAGCCAGGACGUGGCCUUCGUGAGCAUGCUCAACAGCAUCGCAUCCACCCCCGUGAUGGCCAUGCCCUUCAGGGGCUACGCCUUGCUGGGCGUUGAGGGUGGAGGCCAGGAAGUGCAGCAGGUGCCCCCUGGGCAGCGCCCACUCUGGUUCGUCUGCUCAGGCAUGGGCACUCAGUGGUGCAGGAUGGGGCUGAGCCUCAUGCGUCUGGACAGCUUCCGCAACUCCAUCCUGCGCUCCGACGAGGCAGUGAAGCCGUUUGGGCUGAAGGUGUCGGACCUGCUCCUGAGCACGGAGGAGAACACCUUCGACGACAUCAUCCAUGCCUUCGUGAGCCUCACGGCCAUCCAGAUUGCUCUCCUGGACUUGCUGACAUCCAUGGGCCUGAGACCGGACGGCAUCGUGGGACACUCCCUGGGGGAAGUGGCCUGUGGCUAUGCUGAUGGCUGCCUCUCCCAGGAGGAGGCUGUGCUCUCUGCCUACUGGAGAGGCCAGUGCAUCAAGGAGGCCCACCUACCGGCGGGCUCCAUGGCAGCUGUGGGCCUGUCCUGGGAGGAGUCUAGACAGCGGUGCCCUGCUGGCGUAGUGCCCGCUUGCCACAACUCUGAGGACACAGUGACCAUCUCGGGACCUCAGGCUGCGGUGAGCGAGUUUGUGGAGCGGCUGAAGCAGGAAGGUGUGUUUGCCAAGGAGGUGCGGACGGGCGGCAUCGCCUUCCACUCCUACUACAUGGAGGCCAUCGCCCCUGCGCUGCUGCAGGCCCUCAAGCAGGUGAUCCGAGAGCCGAAGCCCCGCUCUGCCCGCUGGCUCAGCACCUCCAUCCCAGAGGCCCAGUGGCAGGGCAGCCUGGCCCGCACGUCCUCCCCCGAGUACAGCGUCAACAACCUGGUGAGCCCCGUGCUGUUCCAGGAGGCCCUGCGGCACGUCCCCGAGAACGCCGUGGUGCUGGAGAUCGCACCCCACGCCCUGCUGCAGGCUGUGCUGAAGCGGGGCCUGAAGCCCACCUGCACCGUCCUCCCGCUGAUGAAGAAGGGCCACCCCGACAACCUGCAGUUCUUCCUCACCAGCAUCGGCAAGCUGCACCUGGCAGGCAUCGACGUCAACCCUGACGCCUUGUUCCCGCCUGUGGCCCUCCCGGCUCCCCGGGGAACCCCCCUCAUCUCCCCCCUGAUCAAGUGGGACCACAGCCAGGCCUGGGACGUCCCGGCCAUGGAGCACUUCCCCAGCGGGUCCAGCUCCGCCUCUGCCACCGUCUACAACGUUGACACCAGUCCCGAGUCUCCCGACCACUACCUGCUGGACCACUGCAUAGAUGGCCGUGCCCUCUUCCCCGCCACUGGCUACCUGUGCCUGGUCUGGAGGACGCUGGCCCACCGCCUGGGCAUGCCUCUGGAGCAGGUGCCCGUGGUGUUCGAGGACGUGACGCUGCACCAGGCCACUAUCCUCCCCCGGUCAGGGACUGUACCCCUGGAGGUGCGGCUGCUGGAGGCGUCCUGUGCCUUCGAGAUAGCGCAGAACGGCAACCUGAUCGUGACCGGGAAGGCCUACCAGUGGGAGGACCCUGACCCCAAGCUCUUCGACCCCCCGGAAGACCUGGGCACUACGGAGCCCACACCCUUCCACCUGACCCAGGCAGACAUCUAUAAGGAGUUGCGGCUGCACGGCUACGACUACGGCCCCCACUUCCAGGGCAUCCUUGAAGCCACUCUCCAAGGCAACUCGGGCAAGCUGCUCUGGAAGGACAACUGGGUGACCUUCCUGGACACAGCACUGCAGAUGUCCAUCCUGAGCUCAGGCCAUCGCAGCCUGCGCCUGCCCACCCGCAUCACCGCCAUGCGCAUCGACCCUGCCACCCACCUGCAGAAGGUCUAUGCGCUGCGGGGCGAGACCCAAGUGGCCGACGUGGUGGUGAGCCGCCCUCUGAACAGCAUGGUGGCUGGCGGUGUCCACAUGAUGCAGCUGCACACCUCGGUGGCCCCCCGGCGCCAGCAGGAGCAGAUGGUCCCCACCCUGGAGAGAUUCUGCUUCACGCCCCACGUGCAGACAGGCUGCCUGUCCCAGAGCCCCCAGCUGCAGGAGGAGCUGCAGCUCUGUAAGGGGCUGACACAGGCACUGCAGACCAGGGCCACCCAGCCAGGGCUGAAGACGCCGGUGCCUGGGCUGGACGGGGCCCGGGAGCCCCCACAGCAGGGGCUGCCUCGGCUGCUGGCCGCUGCCUACCACUCACAGCUCAACGGGAACUUGCAGCAGGAGCUGGGCCAGGCACUGGUGCAGGAGAGGGCCCUGCUGCCCGAGGACCCCCUGCUCAGUGGCCUCCUUGACUCUGUAGCGCUCAAGGCCUGCGUGGACACAGCCCUGGAGAACUUGUCCAGCCUCAAGAUGAAGGUGGUGGAGGUGCUGGCUGGCGACGGACACCUGUACUCGCGCAUCCCGCCCCUGCUCAACACCCAGCCCAUGCUGCAGCUGGACUACACAGCCACCGACCGCCAGGCCCAGGCGCUGGAGGCUGCCGGGUCCUUACUGCAGCAGUAUGAGGUCGCGCAGGGCCAGUGGGACCCCGCGGACCCUGCCCCCAGCAGCCUGAGCAUGGCCGACCUGCUGGUGUGCAACUGUGCUGUGGCCUCCCUGGGGGACCCGGCCUUGGCCCUUGGAAACAUGGCAGCUGCCCUCAAGGAGGGCGGCUUCCUGCUGCUCCAUGCCGUGCUCCGAGGGCACGCCCUUGGGGACACCCUGGCCUCACUCAGCUCAGAGCCGCAGCAUGGGCCCAGCCUCCUGAGCCAGGAGGAGUGGGAGAGUCUAUUCUCCAAGACGGCCCUGCACCUCGUGGGCCUGAGGAAGUCCUUCUACGGCUCCGUGCUCUUCCUGUGCCGCCGGCCCUCCACACAGGACAGCCCGCUCUUCCUGCCUGUGGAGGACACCAGCUUCCAAUGGGUGGACUCCCUGAAGGGCAUUCUGGCCGAGUCCUCCUCUCAGCCUGUGUGGCUGAUGGCCACUAGCUGCCCCACCUCGGGAGUGGUGGGCUUGGUGAACUGUCUCCGCAAAGAGCCUGGCGGGCACCGGAUCCGGUGCAUCCUGCUGUCCAACCUCAGUAGCGCGUCCCCCAUCCCUGCGGUGGACCCCGGGUCCACAGAGCUGCAGAAGGUGCUGCGUGGUGACCUGGUGAUGAACGUGUACCGAGACGGAGCCUGGGGCGCGUUUCGCCACUUCCCACUGGAGCAGGACAAGCCCGAGGAGCAGACGAGGCACGCCUUCGUGAACGUCCUCACCCGGGGGGACCUCUCCUCCAUCCGCUGGGUCUGCUCCCCGCUGAGGCACGCACAGCCCAGCAGCCCCGGGAUGCAGCUCUGCACCGUCUACUACGCCUCGCUCAACUUCCGAGACAUCAUGCUGGCCACGGGCAAGCUGUCCCCUGACUCCAUCCCAGGGAAGUGGACCCACCAGAACUGCAUGCUAGGCAUGGAGUUCUCAGGCCGCGACGCCCGUGGCCAGCGCGUGAUGGGGCUGGUGCCUUCUGAAGGCCUGGCCACCUCCGUCCUGGUGUCCUCCAGCUUCCUCUGGGAUGUGCCCUCUGACUGGACCCUGGAGGAGGCGGCUUCCGUGCCCGUCGUCUACACCACUGCCUACUACGCGCUGGUGGUGCGCGGGCGCAUUCAGCGCGGAGAGUCGGUGCUCAUCCACUCAGGCUCUGGAGGCGUGGGCCAGGCUGCCAUCACCAUCGCCCUCAGCAUGGGCUGCCGCGUCUUCACCACCGUGGGCUCAGCCGAGAAGCGGGCCUACCUGCAGGCCAGGUUCCCGCAGCUGGGGGACGCCAGCUUCGCCAACUCCCGGGAUACGUCCUUCGAGCAGCACGUGCUGCGGCACACGGACGGGAGAGGUGUCGACCUGGUCCUGAACUCCCUGGCGGAGGAGAAGCUGCAGGCCAGCGUGCGCUGCCUGGCCAAGCAUGGCCGCUUCCUGGAGAUCGGCAAAUUCGACCUUUCCAACAACCACCCUCUGGGCAUGGCCAUCUUUCUGAAGAACGUCACCUUCCACGGGAUCCUGCUGGACGCGCUCUUCGAUGAGGCGGGCACCAGCUGGCAGGAGGUGGCGGAUCUGCUGCGGACGGGCAUCCGCGAGGGGGUGGUGCAGCCCCUCAAGCGCACCGUCUUCACCAGGGCCCAGGUGGAGCACGCCUUCCGCUACAUGGCGCAGGGCAAGCAUAUCGGCAAGGUCAUCGUGCAGGUGCAGGAGGAGGAGCGGGAGGCGCUGCUGCCGCGGCCACAGCCCACCCUGAUGGUGGCCGUCUCCAAGACCUUCUGCCCCGCCCACAAGAGCUACGUCAUCGCGGGCGGCCUGGGUGGCUUCGGCCUUGAGCUCGCCCAGUGGCUGGUGACACGGGGGGCCCAGAAGCUCGUGUUGACCUCACGCUCUGGGAUCCGCACAGGCUUCCAGGCCAAGCACGUCGGUGAGUGGCGGCGCCAGGGCGUCCAGGUGCUGGUGUCCUCCAGCGACGCCAGCUCACUGGAGGGGGCCCGAGCCCUGGUCUCGGAGGCUGCGCAGCUGGGGCCCAUCGGAGGCGUCUUCAACCUGGCCAUGGUCUUGCGCGACGCCAUGCUGGAGAACCAGACCCCGGAGCUCUUCCAGGACGUCAGCAAGCCCAAGUACAGUGGCACCCUGAACCUGGACAGGGUGACCCGGGAAGCCUGCCCCGAACUGGACUACUUUGUGGCCUUUUCCUCCGUGAGCUGCGGUCGCGGCAACGCUGGCCAGAGCAACUACGGCUUCGCCAACUCCACCAUGGAGCGCAUCUGUGAGCAGCGCCGGCACGACGGCCUCCCAGGCCUCGCCGUGCAGUGGGGCGCCAUCGGAGACGUGGGCAUCGUCCUGGAGGCAAUGGGCACCAACGACACCGUGGUGGGCGGCACGCUGCCCCAGCGCAUCACCUCCUGCAUGGAGGUGCUGGACCUCUUCCUGAGCCAGCCCCACGCCGUCCUGAGCAGCUUCGUGCUGGCGGAGAAGAAGGCCCUGGCCCGCAGCAACGCCGAGGGCCAGCAGGACCUGCUGACCGCCGUGGCACACAUCCUGGGCAUCCGAGAUCUGGCUGGGGUCAACCUGGACAGCUCACUGGCUGACCUGGGCCUGGACUCGCUCAUGGGCGUGGAGGUGCGCCAGAUGCUGGAGCGGGAGCGGGACCUGGUGCUCUCCCUGCGCGAGGUGCGGCAGCUCACGCUGCGGAGGCUGCAGGCGCUGUCCUCCAGGGCCCACGCCGCCACUGAGGUAGCGUCCUCCAAAUCCAAGGCAAAUAGCCCAGCCUGGCAGAAGGCCCAGCUGGACAUGAGCACCCUGCUGGUGAACCCUGAGGGCCCCACCCUGACGCGGCUCAACUCGGUGCAGAGCCCCGAGCGGCCCCUGUUCCUGGUGCACCCCAUCGAGGGCUCCACCACCGUAUUCCACAGCCUGGCCGCCAAGCUCAGCGUGCCCACCUACGGCCUGCAGUGCACCCGAGCUGCCCCCCUGGACAGCAUCCAGAGCCUAGCCGCCUACUACAUCGACUGUAUCAAGCAAGUGCAGCCCGAGGGGCCCUACCGGGUGGCCGGCUACUCCUAUGGGGCCUGUGUGGCCUUCGAGAUGUGCUCCCAGCUGCAGGCCCAGCAAGGCCCGGCCCCCCACAGCCUCUUCCUGUUCGACGGCUCCCACACUUACGUGGUGGCCUACACCCAGAGCUAUCGGGCAAAGAUGACCCCCGGCUGCGAGGCGGAGGCCGAGGCGGAGGCCAUGUGCUUCUUCGUGCAGCAGUUCACGGACGUGGAGCACAGCAAGGUGCUGGAGGCCCUGCUGCGGCUGGAGGGUCUGGAAGAGCGCGUGGCCGCCGCGGUGGACCUCAUUGCCAGGAGCCACCAGGGCCUGGACCUGCAGGAGCUGAGCUUCGCGGCCCGCUCCUUCUACCACAAGCUGCGCGCCGCCGAGAGCUACAGGCCGAGGGCCAAGUACCACGGCAACGUGACGCUGCUGCGGGCCAAGACGGGCGGCGCCUACGGGGAGGACCUGGGCUCCGACUACAACCUCUCCCAGGUGUGUGACGGGAAGGUGUCGGUGCAUGUCAUCGAGGGUGACCACCGCACGCUGCUGGAGGGCAGCGGCCUGGAGUCCAUCAUCAGCAUCAUCCACAGCUCCCUGGCCGAGCCGCGCGUGAGUGUCCGGGAGGGCUAGCCCACCUGUCCUCGCCCCACCACACGGUGCACGGGCCGCUGGGGAGGGUCCUGCCGGUGGGACUCCGCCCGCGGCCCAGCCCCACCACCUCCCCUGGUGGCUGCUAGGAGUAGGACCAUCACACGUGCCCGCCUGGCACCUCCCGGACCAGCAGGGGGACCCAGAGCCGCUGACUCGGAGACACCUGAUCUGUGAAGAGCCAGCGGGCGGCAGGAGCCGGCCGAGCCUUCUGCACGUGGGGUCUGCCACGCUGGCCGGGUAGCCGUUUCUCCACUCAGAGUCCAUAUUUAUUGUGUUGCUGGGAAAGACCCCCGGCUCGCCCCCACUCUGGAGAUGGCAGGAGCCGCUCGGGCAGACUUCUGGGGUGCGCCAGACCACUCUGUCCUCUGUGCACAUAGGGGGCUGCCCAGGCCUGCUGGCUGGAGACCUCACGCCAGCUUCUGCUCCUCCUGCCCAGCACAGGGCAGGGCAUGGGGAGGGCAGGACCCCCAGGGAACAAGGACUCCAGCAGGUGCAGUAGCCUGUGGCCCCCAGGCCCAGGGUCCCCAGCACCCCCGGCUGCACCCAUGAUGCAGGGCCAGCCUCAUGGCCCUGCGGACCGGACCGUGCCGGGCACCAGCGCUUUGCUUUACCGAGAGGACUCAGAUGGCUGCUUGGACAUUGGAGUUGUGACUGUCCGCCUACGGAACCGUGUCUGGAUCUUGUUCAUUUUUAUACCAACUUGGUAGAUGCUGCUCUUGACCUCCUGUCACCCGAGUCCCCACAUUAAACUGCACAUGAGCGCUGA